AUGGCUUCUCGACCGCCGAUGGAGGAGACGCCCUCCGAUGCUGCUGCGCCGACACCCAUCGCUCAGCUGCGUCCCGACAUUGACCAUCCCGAGUCUCGCGUGGUGGACGGAGUGGUGACCAUCACCUGGCCCUACAGCAUCGUCACGCAAUCCAUCGCCUUCAUCCUUGCCGACCAUGACGUCCUGCUGCGACGCAACCGUGGCCAGCUCCGAGUCGAGUUUCGCGGCGCGUCAGGCCAAGCCCUCGCCGGCGCGAAUCUCGGCGGUGGCGACGAGGUUCGAAUCAGUCUAGACGGGGCUCGGUGGAGCGAAUGCAACAUGGCCGCCGGCUUGCCUGCCGGAUCCCUGCAGUGGCAGCUGAAUUUCACCGGCCGUCUGCUUCUGAAAAUCCGCAAGCUUGGGUCUUUGGAAACCGAGUGCCUCGACAUCAGCUCAGACGCCGGACCCGAAGAACCAUCAGAACCAUCAGAACCAUCAGUAGCAGCUCCGGUCCCGCACUCCACGCCACCCCUCGGGGCUGUGCAGAUCGACCCAAGGCCCCUUGACGCGACGUCGGUUCCAUCCCAACCUCCAUCGAACGUCGUGUCGAAACGAUUGGCCUCCAGCGUAUUCGAGGCAGACGAAUACCCCUCGCCGGCUUUCCUGAAACGGGCAAGAGUCUCGUACGGAUCGCUCUUUGAAGAUGGGGCAGAUCUCUUUGGAGACGAUGACGUGAAGCAAAACAAGACCAGGCAAAAGUCUCGUUUAAGCAUGGCCAAUGCUGUUUGGAGAUAUAGCAGCAGGACACCGAGUCCAGAAGCCCAGCCGCAGCCCCGGUCGGAAAGCCCAAGAGUUGAAGAUGCAGCCAGCCAAAACGCCAUCAGGAUUCCCCCCCCUGCUGCAACAGCGCCAGCGUCGAAACUGUCCGCCAUGGUCGAUGAGGGCUGCCAAACAACGCAAGGUCUGCCUUUUGAUGCCUCCCUUUCCGUUUGGGCUUCUAGGGAGCCCCAUUUUACGGACUCGACCGCACAUGAACCACCCCUUGCGGCCAACGGGACCCGUGCUGAGCAGGGAACAGGCAUGCAAACUCCAUCUAGAACCCUCUUCGGCCCUCUGCAGGCGCCGCCACGCGAGUCUGGAUCAAUGCAAGAAUCGCCGCCGUCUUCUCACGAUAUGGCGGCACACCCCGGUCAUCACAGUUUCGGCUAUGAAUUACCAACUGUACAAGCCAGCGGACAUGGAGUGCCCCCAACUGCAGCAGCUUCGAUGAUUACUUCGGCGCCAAUCCUCGAAGCGCCUGCUGCGCCAACUUACCCAAGCAUAGGCUUCCCAGAACAUAUUUAUCCAGAACUUGAUGCACAUCAUGACCCGAAUUUGCAGUUUCUUGAUAUCGAUGACACAAACCACAUGCCUCGAACCAUUCCUCACCCAACUCCAGUACUGUCGCGCGAAAUGAACCAGAUGAACUCUAUAGCGUCUACUAGACACCCAUUUACAGAAGACCCGAUGAUGGUAGAAAGCUCUCCUCCUCCGGAGAAGCAGUUCAACCAAGAGCAAGCAAGCUCGUCACUGGAUUUCCAAGCCAAGGGCGCUGCUGACGAGGAGGUGCGAUCGACAAACGUCGUCGCCCGUGAAGAUGAGGAAGGGGAAGGGGAAGAAGAACAAGGGAGUGAGAUGGAAGAAACAAGGUCAAGUGACAGGCUUUAUUCAAGCUCUUAUGACGAUGGCGGUGACCUACAAGGCGAAGACUACGAUUUGCGAAAUUACGCCGAUACUCGGGAUGACGAUGAAUUGGAGUCGGAUUCAGAAGAGUGGUCCGAAGCGGACGAAAGCGAUGUAGAGAAGCAGGCCAUGGAACCUGGUGAAGAACAGGACGAAGCCGACGACGAAGCAUUGCGAUAUGAAGAUCCGAUUGGCGAACAAGCGCCGCCAAAAGGAGGUGAAGAGGGCGAAAGCUACGAGGACGAAGAAGAGCAAGGCUCCACAGAUGUUGACCAUGAUGAAUCAGCACAUGGCCAUGAGCAACAAGAGGAAGUCUACGAAUUUAUUGCAAGCAGACCCUCAGCAGGAAUGGACAAAGAGCUUCCCUUGUCCGCAAAUGAAGAACCAGUUUGUGAAGACCAAUAUGAUGAAGAAGGCUAUGACGAAGGUGACUUUGAUGGUGAAGACGAAUACGAUGAUGGCGAGGAAUACGAGCAGGAGAAUCAAAGAGAGGCGCCCUCGCUGCCAUGUGCACCCAAAGAGCCAGUUUUCAUCAGCCUGUUAUCUGAUUCGGAGGAAGAAGACGAAGCAGGAGCAGGAGCAGUAGCAGCACAUGGAGACCCGGGAGAGGGGCCAAUAGAUGAAGAUGACGAGCGAGCUGAAGCGGGAGAAGAAGAACAAGACGGGGAGGAGGAAGAUGAAGAGAGCGAGCAAGAGAAAGUGGGAGCAGGCGAGCGAGACGAGCGAGACGGGGAGGGGGAAGAUGGUGAAGAAGAAGAGCAAGAGGGAGAGGACGAGGUCGAGGUCGAGGAAGAGCGAGGUGAAGCAGAAGAAGGCGAAGAAGAAGAGUCUGAAGAAGAAGAAGAAGAAGAAGAAGAGGUUGUCGAAGACGAAGAAGAGGUUGUCAAAGACGAAGAAGAGGUUGUCGAAGACGAAGAAGAAGAGGUCGACGAGGACGAGGACGAGGACGAGAGUGAAGACGGAGGAAAUCAAGGUCUGGACGCUGAAUCGCUCGACGAAAAGUCGGCCAACGAGGAACCAUUUACCCAAGACGGCGGCAUCAUACGAAGAAACGCACAGGAGGAACAGAGGCUAGCCAGCCACGACGAGCGGCCAGCUGCUGAACGGUCGGAGACCGCAGCCCAUGAUGCUGGUGACCUCGUCAGCGAGCAACCAAUCGCCGACGUGCAAGGCAAGGACCAUGAGGUCAACAAAGCACGCAGCGAUGUGGAUGCCAUGGAAACGGAGGACGAGGCACAAUGCCAGCCGGCCGAACAAGCCAUCAUCGCCAGGAACGAUGUGGGCCGGGACUCUACGGUCAAGGAAAUCAUGCAGCAUGUCACGACGGAAGACGAGCAAGGGGUGGCCGUGGCGUCUCCGGCGCCGGAUCACGGCAUGGACGAAGAAGCCGAGAGCAGUGCAAGCGCGUCUCAGGUGCAGACGGCAUCCGCCAAGGAGAGCUUUGACGUCGACAUGAUGGACGCCCUGCCGGCCGGUGAGGGGGAGAAGCUGGCGGGUGCCAGCGGCGAGGAGACGGCCGAGGCGGAGGCACAGUCACGGCCAGCAUGCGAGAAUGAUGCUGCUUCGGAUGGAAACCGCGAGCUGACGGCUCGAUCGGAUACCCAACCGUUUCGCAAGGCCCGAUCGCUUGACGGCGAACAUGACGACGAGACGGACGACGAGACGGAUGACGACGCCGCGGCGGGAGACCAAAUCCUGAACGAACUCAGGGAGUAUCAAUCCCUCAUAGUCCAAGAUGCCAAAGACGGCAGCGAAGCCGCCGGUGGCCGGGCGGAAGAGCAAGCACCGGAGCCGGUGGAAGAAUCAUCGCAGGAACCCGACUUUCUCAUCACCGUCAUGUCGCUCCGCAGCCACUGCCAGUCUCAUCGCAAGUCCCGCUCGGGCGACGGCGAAUCUCCGAGCCCGCAACCCGGCGACCCCAGCUUGCUCCUCGCCCAAGCUCACGCCCAAGCCCAAGCCCAAGCCCAAGCCAGCCCUCCAGCACAAGCUGCCGGGCCUUCCGAACCACCAGAGGCUGUUGCCGAGUCUGUGCCCGAACCCGUGGUUGAACGAACCUCGCCGGCCAUGCUGCGUGUCGCUCGCGGCACCAAGCCCGAGCAGCUCGACCCGAGCAUUCCCCUCGCCAAAGCGUCCAUUGAGACGGGCGCAAAAGCGGGCGAGCCUGCGACGCCUACGGUCCGCGUCACGCGCAGCAUGACGGAACACUCGGAGCGGUCGGAUACGCAAAGGACGGCCUCCCCUAUCGCUAUUGAAACCCGAGCCUCUAGACGACUAGCCACUCCCGAAACUCGGCCUCCUCAGAGCCAGCGAGACGAGCGUGGCGAGCGCGAUUUCGCCCUGCAGUCACCAUCAUCCGUCUGCGGCUCCUUCACCGAAGACGAGUCCCUGGCUGCCCUUCGGAGACAGUUGACGAAGCAUGUUCGGACCAAGCUACCUGAUUUCCUGUGCCUCCGGUCCCUGCGGACUUGUCUCAACAAAACGGCCGACAUCCUGGCCGUCGCCACGUCCACACCUCCGCAGCCCCAUCGACCCAAGCACGGCCCCCGAGACUACAUGCUCGAGCUGACGCUUACAGACCCGUCCUCCGCCCCGUCCGGCAUCAGCGUCGGCCACGUGUUCAGACCUCACCAGGCUUCACUGCCUGUCGUCCGCAUGGGAGACGUGGUGCUUCUCCGCAGGGUACAGGUAGUUUCGGUGAAAGGACGAGGGUUUGGGGUCCGCGUGACCGACGCAUCAGCGUGGGCAGUUUUUGAGCAAGGCGAUGAGGAGAUGCUCCCGCAAAUCAAGGGUCCUCCUGUGGAAGUGGCCGCUGAGGAGGUUGAGUACGCGGCAGGGUUGCGCAAAUGGUGGGCUGCGCUAGACGACAAGGCCCUGGCGAGGAUUGAGAAGGCUACGCGAAAGCUUCACGCAGGUCAAGAGUGA